GUCCAAGAGCAGAGAAAUUCGGUAGCCAUGUUGGGCAGUUCUUCUUCUUCUCCUCCUCCUGCAAUGAAGCAUGAUGUGUUUAUCAGCUUCAGAGGGAAGGAUACUCGUGACGGCUUCACCAGCCAUCUCUGCACAGCACUGCGCAAGAGACACAUCGAAACUUACAUGGAUGACAGGCUUGUGAGAGGGGAAGAGAUUUCACCCGCACUGGAGAAAGCAAUUGAAGAAUCCACCAUUUAUGUCAUUGUUUUCUCCCAAGGCGAUGCUUCUUCCCGGUGGUGUUUGGAUGAACUCACCAAAAUCAUGGAUUGCAAGCACAGAUUCGGGAGGGAAGUGAUUCCAGUGUUCUUUAUGGUGGACCCGGCACACGUUAGGCAAUCAGAUAGGAAGUAUGAACAACCAUUUGAGAAGCACCAACAGCGAUACGAAGACAAAGUGCAGGGAUGGAGAUCUGCUCUAUACCAAGCAGCUAAUCUCUCCGGAUGGGAUUCACGAGCAUUCAGACCUGAAUCCAUUCUUGUUGAAGAGAUUGUGGAAGAUAUUUGGACAAAAUUGAAUAGUCAAUCCAUUAAUGAUAAUGGAGGACUUGUUGGAAUUGACAAGCAUAUUGAACAAGUUGAGUCCAUCUUGCAUGGUGAUUCAGCAGAUUUUCGGAUCGUAGGGAUUUGGGGCAUGAGAGGAAUAGGUAAAACAACAAUUGCCCAUGCAUUAUAUCGUAAGCUGGCAACCUAA